UGCACUGAAAUCGUUGACCGGGCAAAAUGGUUGGAAAAGCAUUGCUUCUGCUGGCCUGUGUGCUGCUCUUCGCCUUUGGUGAAGCCCACCAGGAACUGGAGAAUCUGCUGCAGAAGCAGCAGGUGGACUUGCAGUUGUCUGGCGAGGAAGUGGCUGCUCUGCGUCCAUUGUACCUAGAGUUCCAGGCGCAGUACAACUAUCUGUAUAGCUUGAGGGUCCAGAGUGGCGAUGGAAGUGAUCAGAAUCCCACGGAGGAACCUGAACUGGAUAGCAACUAUCUACGGGCAUUUGAAGACUUUCGCGACAAGUUCUCCAUUUACUUGGAUGACAAACCUCGAGUGGUGUAUGACACAAAAUUGCCCACUGUUGACGAGAUCAUGGGAAAACCCAGUCCCGACUUUAGUCCGGAUCAGAGGGCAGAAUUUGAGGACCUCAGGGAGAUUAUUCAGGAUGUGAUUGACGAGGCACAGUUCGGGAUAGACGACUUGGUGGAGAGGGCCAUCCAAUUGGAGACGAAUCUGCUGAAGCUGAACAAACCAAAGAUUGUGACCGCAGCCAUCGCCGGAUUGGGAUACAUGUGGAACUACUGGGGACGUGGAAGUCAAGCCGCCUACUGCAGUUACUCGCUGGUUCCAGAAUUCCAGAUAGGUCUGCAGGCCAUUAACGAUGGCGUCGAUUGCUACUCCCGCACCAUGGCCUUGGUAAUGCGCAUUCAGAAUGAAACAGUGGCCGCUGUGAAGGAGAUUAAACGCAAUGUCAGCAGUCUUGUGAAGAUUUACAAGAAGAUCGCCGCCAAGCAGACCACCGUGGGCAAAAUUCUGUCGGGUACAGUAAACGCCCUCAGUGCUAUCCGCCGGGUACACGACAUUAUCGCUGUCGGAAUCGAUGUCUACGGAAAAAUCAAUGACCAGUUGCCGGAAGAGGCCGUCCACUCUGCGGAGUGUGGAGUGGUAUUCGUCAACAGCAUACCCCAAAUGUUGGAAACGGUCCAGAACCUGACCACUUGCAUAACCUACGUGAAUCCGGAUAAGCCCGACUUUGAAUUCACACACCCCGAAGAGGAUCGCUACUGGAACACUGGCGCUGAUCCUCCUGAAAUACCUCAUGAGAACGUCGUGGACGACGAUGAUGAUGAUACGGACUACCUGGAGUUGGACGACUAUGAGGAUCACAGAUAAGCUUUUGGAAUUUCAACCCAUUGAUAGAUAAGUUACGUUCUGAUAAUCGACACAAUAAAGCACAGAUAAGAAUAAACUGAUCGUUG